GUGUGGCACUGUUAUAGUCAUUUGUUCUGAUUACUUAGUGGACAGAAAAAUUUUAAUUUGAUUUUUGUACCAUUUUCGUGUUGAAGAAAAUAUUCUAUAGUCAUCGAACCGACAAGAGUCAGUAAGAGGAAAAAAUUUGCGAACAUCCGGAAUACUAGUUUUACGGAAGAACCCAAAAGAAACUCCAGGAAAACUGGAGGAAAUGGAACUAUGAAAGGCAAAAAAAGACUUUCAUUCGAUGAAAACUUAGAAUAUAAUAGUGGGGUGCUGAUGAAAAAUAGAAAAAGAUUGGUGUCAUCCAGCGAUCUAUCAGAAAAUAACAGUGAUGCUGAAGGAGUGUCCAGAAUAAGUGAUUCAGAAGUUGAAAGUCCCGGUUUAGAAGCAGAAAGUUCCGAUUCAGAAGUAGCAGGUUCAAUUGUUGGGAACCCUUUGGAAGAUGAAGGGUCAUUAGAAAGACACGAUACAUCCGACACAGUGCUUUUGAAGACAGAUGAAGGCAAGGACAGAGCGUUAUGUAAAAAUCCAGAUAAAAGUAUUAAACAACCAUUGUUACAAAACAUGGACAACAAUAAUGAGCAUAGGGCCGGAACUUCUUCCAAUACAACAGUUGCAGUUCCACCUGCGGCUUUAAAUAAUAGAAGAGUGGAUGACAUUCUUGUAGAAACAAACAAUCCGCCUCCGAAGCUUUAUACAUCUCGAAAUGAUCAGGUUUACCUUGGUGGAAAUUCUUAUGUUUUUGUCGAUACAUGGUAUUUAAUGCUUAGACAAAAUGACUCUAAAUUUGUUCGUGAUGUGGCUUCUAUUCUAUGGGGCACAAAUGUCUUAAAGAAACGUUGCCUAAAAUUAACAAAAGCAAUGGAAGAAAGAGACAAAGACAUGAAAUGUCUGACCCCGCAAAAAUACAAAAUUUUGAAAGACUCUCUUCGGCAUAAGUUAAAGGUGAAAAACGUUAGUCCCGAGAACAUAGCUUUGAGGAUGCAAAGAGUAUGGCUUUAUAUGUCUCGUUUCAUCUACGAUUGCAAGAAAAAAAGUGAAUCUUAACUUAUGAGCGGUAUUCAAUAUCAA